AUGAAUAUUCCCAUAUCUCCACCAGAUUCCGAGGAAUUCCCCGAAAACUCCAACUCACAUCUCAAUCUCUUGUUGAGCGAGGAACUGACACUGCUGUAUAAUAUCCCCCAAGAGACAGCAGCGAAAAUCACCGGGAAUUAUCUAAAGCAGUUUCGAAAAUGCCCGGACAAUUCCGCCUACGAUUUGGAUACCUGGAGGUCAUCCCUGUGGGCAAAAGCCCUGGGGCAGAAGUACUCCCACAUCACGACGAAGAUAUACGAGAGAUGGCUGUACCUGAGGUACUACUACCUGAAAAUGUCACCUGAUACCGUGGAGAUGCUCGUGGAAUUGAGGAAGAAGUACCUGUUAGGACUCAUCACCAAUGGGCCCUCCAGUGCCCAGAGGGAAAAAAUCACGAGACUGGAGCUCUCGCCGUACUUUGACAUCGUCCUCGUCUCUGGGGAUCUCCCCUGGGAGAAGCCCCAGGUGGAGAUCUUCCUCGAGGCGUGUCGAUCCCUGGGUGUACGCCCCAGCAGUUGCAUCAUGGUUGGAGAUAAAUUGGAGAGUGACAUCAAAGGAGGAAUUGAGAGUGGAUUAGCUGGAACUGUCUGGAUUCCUCUGACAGACAAAACUCGACCAUCUGUGGACGAUCCAAAACCUGAUUAUACGAUAAAACACGUGACAGAUCUCAUGGGAAUCCUGAAUAAACGACCUGAUGCACCUGAACUCGAGGACUCGUCCUCCAAUGCCUCUGAUGGCAGCUGA